AUGAUUUGGGUAUACGCAAGCCUCCUUCUUUCGAACCUCGCCAACCAGCGCCUGCCAGGUUCGCUCACAGAAGACGCCUUCAACAAGCCUUGGCGUCCCAUCUCCUCGGGUCGAAUCUCCCCCAACGAAGCUCGGCAUGCCAUGCUCUACCUCGUGCCAAGUGUCAUGCUCUUGGGGGCCGUCAGCGACGCGUUCCGCGAGACGACCAGCUUCAUCGCCUUCCUUUGGAUGUACAACGACCUUGAAGGCGCGAACAUGAGUAUCUGGUGGAGGAACCUGCUCAACGGCCUCGGGCUCAUGACCCUUUCCGCGGGCGCUACGGCGGUCACGAACGGGCAUGUGGAUUACUCGCUUGCCUCUGGGACGGCAUUCCAUUGGCUUGUCAUCACGGGAUUGGUGGUCUGCACCACGAUACACGCUCAGGACUUACCUGACAUCGUCGGAGACAGGGCUACGGGACGGGAGACGAUUCCGAUUAUUUAUGGAGACAUGGUUGCGAGGGUGAGUCUGGUUAUCGGUGUGAUGUUCUGGUCCUUUGCUGUACCAGCCUUUUGGGGGUUCGGGUGGGCUGGGUAUGUGCCCACUGUUGGAUUAGGACUGGCUAUGAACUCUUUUUCGUUCUGGCGGCAGAAUCUGCAAGGUGACGAGGUUGCUUGGAAGCUUUGGUGUUGCUGGUACGCGGUCAUAUACUUGUUGCCUUGUUCGCGGGUCAUUUUCAGUGUCAUCUCUUGA